GUCGCCAGGGUUCGGGCUCGGCGGGAUGGUCCGGAGCCGCUCCAGGUCCCCCCCGCGGAGGGAACGUAGGCGCUCUCGUUCUGCAUCCCGGGAGAGGGAGAGGAGGCGACGGGAGCGUUCGAGGUCCCGGGAGAGGGACAGGAGGAGGAGUCGUUCCCGUUCCCCGCACAGGAGGCGAUCCAGGUCCCCGAGACGGCACAGAUCCAGCUCUUCUUCCCCGUCCCGGCAGAAGGAAAGGCGAGACGAUGAAAAGAAAGAAAACAAAGACGCCAAAAGCAAAGAGCAUCAGAUCACCGAAGAAGAUAUGGAAGGCAAAACAGAGGAGGAAAUUGAGAUGAUGAAAACAAUGGGAUUUGCAUCCUUUGACACAACAAAAGGGAAGAAAGUGGAUGGCUCUGUAAAUGCCUACGCUAUAAACGUGUCACAGAAGAGAAAGUACAGGCAGUACAUGAACAGAAAAGGCGGAUUCAACAGACCGUUGGAUUUUAUUGCCUGAUGUCUAGUCUUGUUACCUGUGAAGAAUGACCUCUGGAGCAUGAAUGGUUAACAUUUUAUUGUCUCGCUAUGACUUGUGUGUGCUGGGAUCUCAGAGACAGGAACUCAGCUUCUCACCGUAAAACGAAAUCAGCUUAUUUAUGAGAGUCCAGAAACACUUGCUUUGCCUCCUAGGAAGAGAGGGUAAAAAUGAUGCUUUCUAGAAACGUUGGGUUUGAAUAUGUUCAGGCCUGUUUUGUUCCCUGUCAGGACUUUCCUGUUAGAUGUAUUAUUUUUCAUUUCUUCUAUGAGGUUUUUUUUUUUUUUUUUUUUUUUUAAAUAACUAAAUAUUGUCAGUUACAAUAAAAACCAGUAUAUAUUUACUCCCACCCCGUAAUUAAAAUAUGAUGGUGUUGCUCAGGAAUAAAGCACCAGAGAGGAGGCUGUUGGAGAUAUGUCUGGGCAAUUUUUUGCCUGUCAAACAGAGGGAUUGAUCACUCAGAAGAUAAAUCUGGUUUAGGAUUUAAAACAGAAACAGGAUUAUUUUGAAAGUGUGCUCAUGGGAGAAUCUCAGGGAGCCAAGCUGUCUCUAAUGUUGAAAGAGAAUUGUUUUCCUAAUUUAAGAUCUCUCCCUCCUCCCCUCCUUACUUUUCACUUAUCCCUUUCCUUACUAGUUAAUAAUCAAAGUUGUCCAGAACUACCGAAUAGGAUAGUAUAGCAUAGUGGCAAAGGGUUGCAGUGAGUUUACUUACUGUUUGGCUUGGAAAAACAUACCGUGUUGGAAUAGUCUUUAGUUUUCAUAUUUGUUUACAGAUUUCUUACUUAAAAUUCUUCUUGAGGCUGAUUCUUCUCUGAGCAAAGUUUGGAGGUAAAUCUGGGUUAUAUUAAAGACCCAGAGGUGAAACAUUUAACGCCUUCCACUUUCCUUGCUUACUAUGCAUCUAGAUUAUUUUUAUAAACAACCUUUUCCAAAUGCCAUGGUUUAUUUGCUGUUCCAUUUCACACACAUACCAGCAGGUGGCAGCACAUGCAGUGGCUGAUUUCAAGAGGUGGGUUAAAACUUAUUCAUAGUGGUAGACCCCAUGCCCAUUUGACAUAAAGUGCCUAAUGAACAUCUCUGCUCCCAUUCACAAUCAUGUACACCUCUCCCAUUCAUGAUUGCAUAACGUCCCUGUGGCAAAUACCGCCAUUACUUACAUGGCAAAGGAACAUUUGAAAAGUGCUGUGUGUAUAUUAGCUCUUCCUCGUUCAAUAAGCAGUGUUUGUCCUUCUUUGAAAAAUAUUAAUCAUGUUCUCUGUUAUUCUUCAUCUCCUCUCUCCAAUUUGUCUGUGGGACCAGUCUGCUGUCUCUGAACCACCAGCAUCUGAUCCUAAAGCACCUGUGGACUGAGGUUUUGGGAAUGUCUGAUCAGAAGUUUGAUAACUCUCACGUGAUGCAAAUAGUUAAAAUCUCUUGCAUACAUGUACCUUUUAACCUCCGAGACGUGGAUAGCAAAUAGCCUUUGCCUUAGAUGACCUGUUUUUCUUUUUUAAUCAAGCUCAGUAUUCAUGCCUUGGCAAUUGAGAUCCUUUCCUAAAGC